AUGUUGGCGACUAUUGGCUGGAUCGCCACUGACCUGGGCGCCCGCUUCCCAGGCGAGAUGUACCAGGUGUCCACGAUCGAGGCGCACAACAAGCUGGUCGAUGAGGGCCAGAUGCAGCCCUUCCUGGGGGCCAUCCUCAUCGCGGAGCUCUACAGCCUCUACCUGAUCGUGGAGGGCUGGGGUGGUGAGAUCGACCGCUCCGCUGGCGACUACUUCUUUGGCAAGGGCUUCCUGCCCAAGGACGUGGAAGGCGAGAAGAGCAUGAAGCUGAAGGAGCUGGAGAACGGCCGUCUGGCGAUGCUGGCCUUCGGAGGCAUCGCUACGGCGUCCGUGCUGACUGGCAAGGCGUGGCCGUUCUUCGACUAG